GGGAUGAAGCUGCGUGAAUGUGGUUGAGAAACAGUUCAGAGGAGUUUCUUUUAAAACAGGAAGUCGUCGUGCUCUUUGAACAGCUCGCGCUCUUUGCGUGCUCUCAAUCACAUCAGCGCGUCAGAGAUGCAGCUUUAUGUCUGUUAGUCACUUCACUUGCGAAAGGAUAUACUAUCUGUGAUUCUGUAGGCUAUCCAUUGCGGAACUUUUACUCUCUUUUCUUUAUUUCCGUUAUAGUUGCGUUUAGGAACAUUUCAACUAGUUUAGCUGGUUAAAAAAAGGACGAAAACUUUUCCCCAAUGAAUAGUGAUUGUGAAAACAGUGCUGUGGGGUUCGCGGCUGGAAGCGGCCAGGACGAGCUGGACUUUCCCUUUCCUCUGUUUCUUUACGGACAAACUGGAAAUGACAUUCCACACGAUGACCAAGCAGAUGAGCUUGAUGCUCUGUCACACCUCGAUGCUAAUCCACCCUCGUCCAAUUCUCAUCAGGCCCAUGCUCCAUAUAGCGAUCUGUCCAUCCAUCAGCCUUCCUAUAAUCCUCCACCUUCUGAGGACCUCCUCACCUGUCAUCACCCUGAUCUGCGAGAUCUUCUCAGUCACUCACUCUCAUCCCAGGCUAGCCCUCGCAUUGAGAUUACCUGCUCAGAGCUACACCACCAGCACCGUGAGCAUGUCCAAACAGCACCAGUGGAUAUCAGUCGGCGUCUAGCUGUGCCUCCGUAUCAGAACCUGCUCUACAGGGAGAACCUGAGUCCGGCAAGCAGCACUUCCUCCAGCUGGCACUCGGAGGUGUAUUCACCCCAGCCAUCACCCUGUGUUUCUCCCAGUGCUUCAGGAGGUGGAGGUUUAGCUGCAAUGACCGUGGCUGAGUUGUGCCCAAGGCUCCAGGCCAUCCAUGCAUCCGGUUCUCCCCGUACUUCUCCAGAUACAUCCCCACGCACCAGCAUCACAGAGGAGACUUUCCUGAACUGCAGGCCUUCAUCUGCCUCCUCCUCACGGCCAGGUUCGCGCUCCACUUCUCCUCAGGGAAAACGCACUUAUGAGCAAUACCAGAACCCUGCCCUGGUUGUCCCACGCUCCCGAAGCCCCUCUCCUCAUGCAGUCCGAGAGGAGUUUAUCGAGCCUUGUAGACCAACAGCUAACCCUGAUGAAUUUGUAGACAGCCUCAACAGACACCUGGCUAAACCAGUGCCCACAAAGAUUGGACGGCCUAAUCAGGAGUACAUGCUCUACAGCCAAACAGAGCAUGCUGUGUUCCAUGAAGUGAAGAGGGAACCCGUAAUGGAACCGAUAUAUGUCAUGCCAUCCAUCGGUUGGUCCAAUCCGAUGCCCACAGCCAUGUGCAGCAUGUCAUUGGCAUCCCUGCCUGCUCUGGAGUGGACGCUUCCCAGCAGCACAGAGCAGUACGAGCUGAGAAUAGAGAUUCAGCCCAGACAGCACCACAGAGCCCACUAUGAGACUGAAGGAAGCAGAGGAGCAGUUAAAGCAGUAUCAGGAGGACAUCCUGUGGUUCAGUUGCACGGGUACAGUGGGCGAGAAGCUCUGGCACUGCAGGUCUUCAUUGGAACAGCUGACGAGAGAGCCGUGAGGCCACAUGCCUUUUACCAGGUCCACCGUAUCACUGGCAAAACCGUCACCACCAGCAGCCAUGAGAGAAUGGUGGAUGGAACCAAGGUUCUGGAACUGCCACUGGAACCCAAAGACAACAUGCAGGCAGUUGUGGACUGUGCUGGGAUACUGAAGCUGAAGAAUGCUGAUAUUGAGCUGCGGAAAGGUGAGACAGAUGUGGGACGGAAGAACACACGGGUGCGGCUGGUCUUUCGUGUCCAUGUGCCUCAGCCCAGAGGCCAGUGGCUUUCUCUCCAAGUGGCCUCACAUCCCAUCGAAUGCUCUCAGAGAUCUGCCCAUGAACUUCCAGCCGUGGAGAGGCAGGAUUUGGACCACUGCUCGGUGCUGGGCAGACUGCAGAUGAUCCUGACUGGUCAAAACUUCACCUCUGAGUCCAGGGUGCUAUUCACUGAGAAGACCCAAGAUGGCUUGGAGGUAUGGGAGAUGGAGGCUACAGUCAACAGAGAAAAAAGUCAAUCAAACAUGCUGUAUGUGGAAAUUCCUCCAUAUCGAGACCACAACAUCUACCACCCAGCCAAAGUCAACUUCUAUGUGUUGAACGGGAAGAGGAAGCGUAGUCAGCCACAACACUUCACCUACAUGCCUCUCCCAGUUCCACUGAUAAAGGCUGAGCCAGUGGAUGAGUAUCAGUAUGGACAGCUUGGCUGCAGUGUCUCCCAGGUCUUAGGUGUCUCUUCACAAUCAUACCAUCACACUGCCCAGCUCCCUACCAGCUGCUGUGCUAUACCAUGCCAGGUUUCUCAGAGAGCCAGCAGCCCUACCCUGUACCCUCCAGCCUCUGAGUACCAGCUCCAUCAGCAUUCAGCCCUCUACCAGAGCCAGGUGGAGGCCCUCAGCAGCAGCCCUGGCCACUACCAGCCUCCCCUGGAUCACCCUGCACCUGGAGUGCAACCCAUCUGCUCAGGUCAGGCACCUGCCGUAGGGCCAAAUCCAGGCUCUCAUCUCAAACCCAGCAAUUACCAGCACAUCAUAGCUGGGCACAGCUACCAGGCUGGUGUCUCUGUGUUUCCAGGCCUGGAUGCAGCCAAUCAGAGAAGCUUUGGUCAGAGAGCAGCUCCUCCAGUGCAGAGCUACAACCAGCAGCAGCCUGUGGAGCAUCAGAGAACAAGCAGCCCUGUAAGAGUGAAGCAGGAGAAUCUGGACCAAGCUUACCUGGAUGAUGUGAAUGAAGUGAUCAGAAAAGAUCUGACUGUUCAUCCCAGUGAUCAGUGACAGCCGUAACUUCUGGACAACUCAUCAGCCUCCACGUCUGCACAGAUUCUUUAUGUCAUAUCAGAGUGUUUUUAAAGGGGUGGUGAUAGUUGUUAAUUAUAAUAAUGACUGCAGAUUGCAUAUUACUGAUAAUCACACAACUAGUAAGGAGUCAGGAAAAACACAUUACCUUUAAUUUCAAAUUAUUGCUAACAAAAAUAUUUUGUCUUGGAACCCACAUGCAAGUUAGCAUCUACAACCAGUUUUGAAUUUAGGGAUCAUUUGGGAGAAUCCACUAGCUGCCUUAGCUAACGCAGACAAAAGCCAGUGAAUAAAGGCUUCUAAUAGGAAACCAAAUAUCUGACCAUCAUUACAAUCGCAAACCUGAAUUACUUGUUCAACAGAAAUUUGUCAGAUGAGCUUUCUUCUUAUUUACUGUUGCAUAGUGACAGGCAGAUGUACAUGUUUGAGAGUGCUAGCUCAAACAAGAACUGUCCUAGAGAAGAACAUGAUUAGAAACUAGUAGGAAAACAUGAAGGUCUUCCCAAAGUAAGUAGUGUCAGUGACUAAAGUAUAUGAUUUGUAGCAGGUACAUUCAACAAACAAUAACGUUAUAGCUCUAGACCUAAAUACAACAAGGCAAAAGCUAAAGUUAAUGUUAGCCAAGCAGAUACAGUAGUGUUAGCUAGCUAUUUUACCUCAGUUUGACUUCUCAUUUGUCUCGAGGCUGAGAGAAUCGACAACUUGUCCUUUUAGUCUGGAAUAUAGGUGGAAUUGCAGAUUUCAGAAUUUUGCAUGGUGGAUAUCCCAGCUUUAACUCAGCUUUUUAGAUUCAGUCUUUCAGUCUGUUGAAGUCCUUGCUACAUAAUUUUUCUCUGCCAUGUUAACUAUUCCUAUAGCUGCUACCAACUUUUUUGCAAAGUUCUUUUUGUAGAUAGUUGUGGAAAACAGCACCUUUAGUUCUCAGGUAUGCUGCACUCUGCUAGUAUUGAAAUUAAAUGAACAGUAUGAGGUACAAGCACUAUAUGACUAAUGCUAGCUACCAGUCAGGAUCAGGUACUUGUCAUGAGAUUUCCUGUUGAUUGUAUGUCAUGUAUGUGUAAUGCAUCUUGGGGGUAGACAGAAAAUUGAUGGACAUAAAAGAGACAGUGAUACAAAAUUGAGGUGCAAUACCAUGCUACAGAAUACUACAAAACAUGACAAAUAAUAUGUUAACCACCAGUUUUAUACCAGAAUGAUCUUUUAGUUAACAGUUAUUUUCAAUGAUUAUGUCAUUCAGUUUUAAUGGACUUGUCUAAGAUAAAGUACAACUAUGAAAUAUCAGUCAGUUAAAAAAAAUUUUACCCUGAUAUUUUAUUUCACAGAUGUUAUUUCACAAUGCUUAGAAUGAGUGUCCAUUUUAUGAAUAUGUAUUUAUGAUUGUACAUUGAAUACAAAUAAAAUUCUCUGUAUUG